AUGGACGAGGUGCAAAGGGAGUGCGUGACCGAGCUCGAGGGCAUUCUAACGGCGGCAUCUGCCCAUCUCAGCGUGAACCGAUCGGAGUCGUUGACCUGGCCUCAGCUCGAGCAGCACAUGGCCUUGGUCGAGGAGGUGCUCCGCCAGUGGUCCCGCGCCGCGCUCGCCCGGCAGUUGAGUGCCGCCAGCGUCCUGGCGCUGCUGCUGACGGAGGAGCGCAGCGUGGACUUCUGGCGAUUGGUUGAUGCCACCUUGCUCCCGGAGUAUGUGGAGCUUUGCUUGCCUCAAGCUACCAUGGAAACUGAAACCCAUCGGAGCGCCUGCGCCUUCGCCCACUGUCGCCGCCACCUCGCGCCGCCGCGGCGGCCCUUCUCGGGCGCCGGGCACGGCGCGAACGCCUCGGCGCGCACGGCGGUCUUCCGUGUGGAGCCGCAGCGAAGUCUGCUGAGCGAGAACCUACGGAGCGGGUGCCGAGUCACCUGUUCGCCGCGGGUGCUGCACGUGCUCCGCGCGGCGUCCCACGUGCAGCACGUGGGGCUUCAACCGCUUCAGCCCUUCCGCUACGUGGACGUGGGCGCGGCGCUGGGGGACUGCAUGAUCAUGGCCUCUGAUCUCCUCCCAGUCCUCGACGGCCUCUCCUACGAAGCGCUGCCCCUGCACGCGCGCCUCGCCCGCGCCACCCUCCGCUUGGCGCAGACGCAGCGCCCGACGCAGCGCCUGCGUCUCCGACCGCUGGCGCUGGGACGAGGGGACGUUAAGGAGAUUUCAGGCCAGGUCUUCCAUGGUGGCUUUGGCCAGGGCGUGCCGGGGGAGGUGCUGCGGAUCCGCAGCUCGACGCUGGACGCCCACCAUCGCUCCGCGGGAAUGGGUUCGAUCGACCUCCUCACCGUGUUCGUGAACCACGGAGAGAAUGCGGUGCUCGAUGGCGCCAAGAGCCUUUUGGGUGGCCUCCAUGUAGGCUGUGUUUUGGUGUGCACCUAUGGCUUUGCCAACUACACAAGAGAUGCCAUGGAUCGCUUGCAUUUGCUGGGCUAUGCGGCGGCCGGGAUGGUCUGGAAUGACGAGGGGCUGGGCUUUGAAUGGGUCAAGGCCUGCCCAGCGCCUUAUGGGGGUACUUGUUGCGACUCGCCAUUCUUCGCAUGGUGGGCGGAAAAAGAACGCUGCUUGGGGUUAGGACGUGCGCCCGCGAGUCAGACUGUGAGGACCCUUGGACCCAGGCCGCGGGUCUUUUUCCUCAUCCAAGUCGGUGAAGGGAGUUGGUUGUCUGACCAGCGCCUUCCAGUUUCCUAA